AUGCGCGUGACGCAGUUGGUUGCCACCUGCCUUCUGGCCUUAGCGUCCACAACAAGAGCUACACAAAUUCCCCAAGAUCACAUUUUAUGGGGACCAGGCGGCUCUGCGGCGGCAACCCUUCAUAAUGUCCGUCGUGCAACUAGCUCGGUUGCUCCAAGUUCGACAUCAAAGGCUGCCGAUGCGGCUUGUACCAACGGACCAACUUCACGCAACUGCUGGUCAGGUGGCUAUUCCGUCUUGACAGAUUUUGAUAAGAAAUGGCCAACUACCGGCAACACGGUUUCAUACACCCUGACAGUCACGAAUACGACGUGUAAUCCAGAUGGGAACGGUCCUCGGAUAUGCUUUCUUUACAACGGCCAAUACCCUGGUCCCACUAUUACAGCUGACUGGGGAGACACUGUGCAGGUCACGGUUAUAAACAAACUGACAGGAAACGGCACAGUCAUCCAUUGGCACGGCAUCCGACAGCUCAACACUAAUAUAAUGGAUGGUGUCAACGGUAUCACCGAGUGUCCUGUCGCACCUGGUGACACUAAGGUAUAUACGUGGAAAGCUACCCAGUUCGGCACGACCUGGUAUCACUCCCACUAUUCCUCGCAAUAUGGCGAUGGCCUCAUUGGUGCCAUUCAAAUCAAUGGCCCUGCAUCUGCAAACUACGAUGUUGAUCUCGGCACUUAUCCAGUCAAUGAUUGGUAUUAUAGUACCGCAGACCAACUUAACGUUAUCGCUUCCAACAACCUUCAGUCGGGACAGGCCCCGCCGCCUGCGGAUACGCUUCUCGUCAACGGCAAAAAUAAGAGCCCGGGCGGCGCAGGAGCCUAUGAUCAAGUCACACUCACGAAGGGUAAGAAGUAUCGCUUACGUCUGAUCAACACCUCCGUAGACAACAACAUCCGUGUCUCGCUAGACAACCACCAAUUGCAGGUUAUCACGUCCGAUCUAGUUCCGAUCAAACCGUAUUACACAAAUUGGGUGCUCCUAGCCAUCGGCCAACGGUAUGAUGUGAUUAUCUACGCCAACCAGACCGUCGCCAACUACUGGUUCCGCGCAGAAGUUGCUACAGACUGCGCCAGCUCCAACAACUUCUAUGGCCGUAGUAUCUUUAGCUACACCGGUGCUACCUCUGGCGACCCAACGACCACCGCUUUUACAUCACCCAGCGGCGGCUGCGUGGAGGACAAGACACUCGUACCCUGGGUCACGAACACGGUCUCCAGCUCGGACUUUCUCAAACAAGUCAGCAACCUUCAGGUCGACCUGACCGUCGAGCAGGUCACGACUAACGGGCAAAACAUCGUCGUCUGGGGCGUGAAUGUUUCCGCUAUCGAUGUUGAUUGGCGCAAGCCGACACUACAGUAUGUGAAGGAUGGAAACACGUCGUAUCCGGCGGUGUACAACCUGAUCGAGCUGCCUACAGAGGGAAUCUGGACAUAUUGGAUUAUCCAGGAGACACCAGGGACGAAUGUGCCGAUUCCGCAUCCCAUACAUCUCCACGGUCACGACUUCUACGUCCUCGGCACGGGUUCCGGCACCUUCGACAUCAACUCCUCACCGUCGACCCUAACCUGGGCCAACCCUACCCGCCGCGAUGUCGCCCUGUUGCCCGGCGGCGGCUGGCUGGCCAUUGCAUUCCCAACAGACAACCCUGGUGCCUGGCUUAUGCAUUGCCACAUCGCAUGGCAUAUCAGCGAGGGUCUCGGUGUGCAGUUCUUAGAGGCCAAGAGCCAGAUCACGCUCCCCGGCUCUGACUGGGAUACGCAAUGUACGGACUGGAAGACCUAUUAUGAGAAUCCGGUAUAUGAGAAAAUUGAUUCUGGGUUGUGAGUAGAAGCAGAAAAGGUUCUAGCGGUUUCGCGUGUUGUGUAAAAAGAAACAUGGCUUCCGGGUUGGGUCUGCGGUAAUGUGGGACUGUAUAGGUUGAGGUAAUGAGUAUUAUCCAUUCUUGCUUGAGCUGCCU